UCCAGUGACGCUGUGUGGCUGCAUCGGCGCAUGGUUGCAGCGCAGAGCCGUUUUUUUUCCGAUACCACCACAGAGGGUCUAACAUUCGCUCCAGAAUGGAGACUAAACCGGUCAUCACCUGCCUUAAAACCCUCCUCAUCGUUUACUCCUUCGUGUUUUGGAUAACAGGAGCAAUCCUUCUGGCCGUGGGAGUAUGGGGGAAGUUGAUGCUGGGCCCGUACAUUUCUCUGAUAGCCGACAACUCCACAAACGCUCCGUACGUCCUCAUCGGCACCGGGACUGUCAUCAUCGUUUUUGGCCUGUUCGGAUGUUUCGCCACCUGCAGAGGAAGCCCAUGGAUGCUGAAGCUGUAUGCCAUGUUUUUGUCCCUGGUCUUCCUCGCUGAGUUGGUGGCAGGAAUCUCUGGAUUUGUGUUUCGCCAUGAGAUAAAGGGAACCUUCCACAGGACAUACACUGAUGCAGUCCUGAACUUCAACGCUGAGGAUGAGGCGAGCCGUGCUGUUGAUAACAUCCAGCACACUCUGCGUUGCUGUGGAGUUUAUAACUACACCAGCUGGCUCGGCAGCGUGUAUUACCCAUCUAACGGCAUUCCUGCCAGCUGCUGCUUUAACUCCUCUGACUGCAACCGAGAAGACCUUCGCAAUGCAACUGUAGCCCCGAGCAAGGUCUUCCACCAGGGCUGUUAUGAGCUGGUCACUUCAUUCAUGGAGACCAACAUGGCCAUUAUUGCAGGAGUGACGUUUGGGAUUGCAUUCUCACAGCUGAUUGGCAUGUUGCUGGCCUGCUGUCUGUCCAGAAUCAUCACAGCCAAUCAAUACGAGAUGGUGUAGCUGAUGGGACGUGGCAGGUGAGAAAUGGAGAUAAACAGAAGAAGAGACAAGGAGCCUUGAUACAAAUGGCAAGAGUAAAUUCCUAUAACCAUCACAUAUCUGAUUUGGAAUUUACCUCCUCCGUCUCUCUGCCUGACCUUAAUGUAAUAUCUUAAUGUAUCUUAUUGUAAAGCACCAUUCCUUGACUCACUGCUGUCGCAUCAAAGCAUUCUACACCACACAUCCCACCGCUGCUUGAUGUAGAAGUUGCUCAUCGGCACAUACCACAGAUCAGUACGGCCUUGAACAGCGGGUUAGUCUGAGCCGACAGCUGUGUUGGUCUCAGAGAAGUGACUGGGUGAACUUUUCCUCUCAGUUGGUUGCAGCAUGUUUCAUCAGAAGAACACGGCACAUCUUUGUACAGAAUGACAUGACUUAAGCUUGAAGUUAAUACUUUAAUAGAUAGGUUUAGUUUUGCAUUUGACUUUGCUAUUGCUCACCAUUGUAUAUUAUUAAUAUGGUUGUGACAUUUUGUGUACUGAUUAUGCGCACUGAAGAUGUUAAUUUACAUUUUUAUGAAAACAAAGAAAAGGAAAGGAAAGAAAUUUUGGAAUUGUUCAGGCGAUUUUGGCUAAAGACAAGGCCUGAUACUUUUUGACUUGAUAACUUUACCAAGAUAACUUAAAUUUUACUCUGAGAUAAAAACACAAUAAAGCACCUCAAUCCUUUAUUGGCCACAAAAACUAUUAAUUAAUCCAACAAAUAAACAAACAAACAAGUUCAGCCCUGGAACAAAUCAGCUACAAUGUCAGCUUGAGGAAGGGUCAAACUAGAAACUACCAAUCAGUGAGCAUGUAACCCUGGUGCACAAUAAGACAAUAAAUUCACAUCAUUAAAAAUAAAAUCAGAGGACCAAGUUCUACCAUUGAGUCCUCCCUCUGACCGUGCAACAGAUGUAUGCUAAUAUUCUACAAUAGCGCCCUCAGUAUUAGCUCUCUGUUGCCUAAAUGUUGGUCAUGCGGUUACAUCCUUGUUCAGGAAAGUCAAAAUGACUUGCUUUUGGUCACCAAGUGGCUUGAAAAUAUAAAAAUUCAGAACUUUGGCUGUGUCCAAAAUUACACACAUUCAUCAGAACCUUAUUGCGAGCUCAUCUGAACAAGAAAAAACACUUUCAGAGUCAGACACAACUUGCCGUCUCACUGAACGCAGAUAAUGACGUUUUCGCUGUCACUCAAUGAAAAUGUAGCUCCACAUCAGUCAGAAUCAAUAAUAAUGACAGCAUACAUUUCUGUGAUAAGUGAAGAUAUACUGAACAGAUUUUCACAAGAUAAUCAAAUAUAGGAAAUAAAUGCCAAAGACUGAAUUUUUAAGGGAAAUACAUAUAAACUGUGAUUUCAUGCUUGUCAUCGUCAUUAGGAAAAACAAAUGUUACCUGUUCAAGAAGUCCUUAGAAAAUUGCGCCCAGUAUUAGCUUUCCUUAUGACACUUCUCUUGUAUGUCCACCACUUUCCUUUGCACCACAGUGUAUGAUAAUGUAAACUGCUUGGUGAGUGACCAUGAGUUGUACACUCCUGUCGCAAUGCAUUGUGGGAUACAAUGAGUAUAAUAAUUCUUCCUUAUAAUUUGGGCAGCCCUCCAAAAUUUCAAAUCCCCUUUACACUGCACUAUAUUGAGUAGUGGGUGAUUUUGGACACAGCCUUAAUGUGAAAAUUUUCACUUUUUUAAAGUAGCCUCCUCCAGUGAAGAGUUUUUACUGUAACUACUUGGUUUUGGGGUAUAACAGUUUUACAUUCUGAGGUGACCCAGCCAUUAGGCCUUUCACACUUAAAUACAUGCAAGGUUCAUGUGCUUCAAACAAAGUGUUGCAAGAAGUAUGAUCUCAAUGUAACUGAAGGCAAAGUUUGGAACAGCUGUGAUUGAGAAAUAGUUGUCAUCAAAGAGUGCGCACUCAGACUUUCUCUCUUGAAGUUCUUCAUAGCAUUUAACUCAGAGGAAAGAUGAAAAGUGGUUAGUUUGAAGAGAGGAAAAACGGAUGAUCAAGAGAGAAAAUUUAGAUCCUGCCAACUUUCACACCUUCACACACCUCAGGACUCUGCGUGAAGCGUGGCCUUAAUUAUCACACAGUGCGUUUUGAGAAAAUUACAAACACUGUCAGUCCAAGCCUCAGCAUUCCAAUGUUGGAAACGUUUGAACAAAGGAAAAGAAAGUUGACGAUCCAGCAAGCUUAGUUUGAAGCAUAAUGACACCAUAGAAAUGUUUGAGCACUUACCAACGAACAAAAUGUUAAGAUUUAUCUUCGAGUAUGGACUUAACACAAGCUGAGUAUCCUGUUUUUUGCAGACCUGUACCAUCAUCUGGUUGUAAUAUGCAAGUGUACCUGACAGCACUUCAGGGUGCAAUUACAGGCGUAACAAAAUAAGGAUUCGGUGUCAAAUUUUCACCCAAAAGAGUUCAGGCGAACUGUAAUGUCAGGGUGUCAGGGUCAUAUCAAAUCAUGAGGGUGAUAAAUUGUUUCCUUCUGGUGGAAAAAUAAUGCCAGCUGUUUGUACAGUGAGAGAAGUCAACAGUGUUCAUCUAGUACUAACAGUGUUCUAUAUAGUUAAUCAACAUACCAUCACCAUCAUCAUCACCAUCGUUAUCAACAACUGUAGAUAUUUAUUGGAAAUGUAAUUUAUAUGAUGUAAUGUUUCUCAGUCUAAUAUGCUAAUCAGUAUAAAUGUUGUGUCACAGGUUUGAUUCUGCACCUUGUGCUGUUAAUCUAUAUUUGUUUGAUAGUUUGUAGAAAAAACUCGCACUGAAAAAAUAAUCGUGGCUACUGUUUUAGUUGUGUGUAACUUGUUGCUGUUUGACUUUAGCUGAAUAUUUAUUCUAGUUUGGUUGGCAUUAAGUUUACAGUUUCACAAAGUGAUUUUUAGCUCUCUUUCAGUAUGAGUGAGUGAGUGUGGGUGAUUUCUUUAUUUGACUACGUCCUUAACCUUCAGUGUACAUUAUUUCUUGUAUGAUAAAGUGUGUAAGUGAGAGAGAGAGUGUGUAGUUUAAUUGAUCCUGUUGUAUUUACUUUGGUCAGUAUUAUGUUGUGGCUUUUCAGACCUUAUUGCUUUUACAGCUGUACAUUUAUUUGGUGAAUGUAUGUUUUUCCAACACUAUAACUUUUUUCCCCUCCUUGAGCUGAUAUUGUCCUGUAAAUACUAAAUUGUAAUACCAUCCAGCUUACACAUGGGGUCACCAGACACUCAGAAACAAUUUCACCCUGCUGUCUACUAUUGACUAAGUCACCAUCAGUGGUCUUAUUAUCAAUAAAUAUACAGAAUAACA